CCCAGCUUGCAGUCACACAGCCGCGUCGUGGCGGGCGCCCACGUGGCGGCCGCACCAACCCUCAGGGAGGGGGUGGAGGUGGCGAUUGUGGGGGCAGCGGAGCCGGCGGCGGUGGUGGCGGGGUCGAGGGUGGCAGCAGUGGUGGUGGUGGAGGCAGUAGUGGCUCAUCUGGUAGCCGUGGUGGCCGCCCUGGCACUCUCCCCCCAUGGCACCGGUGACAUUUACGACCCAGCUGUCCCUGACUCCCCUGCUCACUCUGCCUCAUCGCACCAGCACCAGCAGCAGCAGAAGGAGCAGCAGCAGCAGCAGCAGCAACAGCAGCAGCAGCAGGUGCAGCAGCAGCAGCGGAUGGAGCAGCAGCAGCAGCAGCAGCAGCAGCAGCAGCAGCAGCAGCAGCAGCAGCAGCAGGAGGUGCAGCAGCGGAUGGAGCAGCAGCAGCAGCAGCAACCGCAGGCAGUGCAGCAACAGCAGCCGCAGCAGCAGCAGCAGCAGCCACUGCAGCAACCUCAUCAGCAUCGCCGCACCACCUCUCCCAAGUGAAGGACGCCCUGCAUGCGCGCCUCA